CCACUUUGGCAUUACGUCAAUGGUAGAUCUCGCUCGUUCGCAUUAGGGAGGAGGUGCCGUGACCGCCAUUGUUUCGACUGGUUUGGAUAUUGUGUAUCGCGCAGAGGAACAAUCAGGGAUCAUCGUCAUCAGCAGCAUCAGGAGCAGUUUAGUCGUUAGUGCGAGUCGAAAGCCCGAGCCUGACCGAGCGGCAAGGUUCUCCGAGUACCUCGAAAGUGUGGUGGAAAAAUAAAUAACGGUUGUAGUUUGAAAAAUAGCAUGUCCACAAUGAACCCCGAAUAUGACUACUUGUUCAAACUUUUGCUCAUCGGCGACUCUGGCGUUGGAAAGUCUUGCCUGCUGCUCCGUUUUGCCGAUGAUACGUACACAGAGAGCUACAUUAGCACUAUCGGAGUUGACUUUAAAAUAAGAACAAUCGAUCUUGAUGGUAAAACGAUAAAAUUGCAAAUAUGGGACACUGCGGGACAGGAGAGGUUCAGGACUAUAACAUCUUCCUACUAUCGUGGGGCGCACGGCAUCAUUGUCGUUUACGACUGCACGGAUCAGGAAUCCUUCAACAACGUCAAACAGUGGCUUGAGGAAAUCGAUCGCUAUGCUUCCGACAAUGUUAAUAAACUACUUGUAGGCAACAAGUGCGAUUUGCACACCAAAAAGGUGGUCGACUAUACAACAGCUAAGGAAUAUGCCGAACAGCUCCAAAUACCGUUCCUCGAAACAUCGGCGAAAAAUGCGUUGAACGUCGAACAGGCUUUUAUUACGAUGGCUGCUGAAAUUAAGACAAGAGUCGGUCCUCCGUCGAGCGCGGCCAGCGACCCGGCUAACAAAGUCAAGAUCGAUCAAGGCCGCCCGAUCGAGACGUCAAAGUCAGGGUGCUGCUGAAACAUCUGAACAUUUUCUCUCACUGCUAAUUAUUCACGGCGUUGCAAUUUGGCAGUCCUAUUUGACGGUGGGCGAUAUAUAAAAAGAAGAACAAGAACCACCCUCCCAUCUUCCAUCUCCUCCCUCUCCACUGCGCAAUAAUAGCGAGUUCCACGACAAGUUCCCCCCAAGAAACACA